UUGCCCAGACCUGCUCCACUAUUACAAAAAUACAUGUUUGUUCCUUGUGCUUAGGUUCACUAAGACACAAAAUAACAACAACUUUGCAGACAUGUUGAAACUUUCUGAAAAAGCGAACGAGCAAACGGGGACUAAAAUUCUCCUGGACGCCAUAACAAACGACAAAAUUCACUUGGCGAGGUUUAUCUUGGACGCUCUCGACGGGAAGAUUAUUAACGCUAGGACAGAAAGAGCUCAGACCCCUCUUAUCUCUUCUGUUCUAUUACCCGAUACACAAACGAGAUCUAAAUUUAUGAAGCUUUUGCUACAAAGAAAGGCGGACGUAAAUUGCCAAGACGAAACCGGACGUACUGCUUUAAGUUAUGCUUGUGAAAGAGGAUACCUGGACGCGGUGAAAAUACUAGUUCAGAAUAAUGCUGACCCUGAGCUGGUAGACAUGUGGGGGAACACCGCUCUGAUUUACGCUGCAGUGACCGGACAUUCCCCCGUGGUAGAAUUUUUAGUGCGGGCGUUCAAAAGAUUGGGUCUUAAUAUUGACCGACCAAAUCGGGUUGGCAACUCUGCAGUUGAAGUGGCUAAGUACCUGGGACACAAAGACUGUUUUCUCGCCCUGACGAGCAAUGCCAAGAAAUCUCAUGAGAAUGAAACCUGUAAUUGGAAAGAGCCGCUACAGAGUCAAUCGCAUGAUAAUAUAUGCGAAGAAAGGUUGGAGAAAAAGUUAUCCAACUCCUUAAUAGUAAAGGAAAAACAAGAUAAUCACGUAUACCCAUCAAUCCAGACAAGAAGUGCGCUUACAGCGAAUGAGGCUUUAGAUAUUGGAAGUUUAGAUCGAAAAAAGUCUCCAACUUUCGGAAAUCAGUCGGAAUCUAUGGAAUCAAUAGAUGAGGCUGAUGGAGAAAGUGGAAGCUCUCUUGAUUGCCAGGGUCUCGUCUUUUCCAGUGUUCUUACUCCAAGGCCUCGGGUGCGCUCAUUGAGUGUUCAAUAUGCCAGUACUAACCAGAAGCAAGGGGAGAACAAAAACAAUAUUCACCCCUAUCUACCACCUUUUUCACAAACCUCGGAUCUUCGCAUUUCAGCUAUUAAUUCUACAAACCCAAACAAAAACAAGCACAGGAGUGUUGGUCUAGCGUGCCUUGAUACCACAGUACCAAUCUCGAGCCCUUUCUCCAGCUCUCUGGGUAUUUUGCUUACUCCCAUUGCAGCAGCGAAAGUUGGUAAAAAGGAAACAGAAGAUGAAAAACCUAAAAAAGCAGCCUUUGACUUGGGCAUUAGACGAUUUCAUGAAAGUUAUUAUCUCAAAAGAUGCAGCUUACCAACGAGUGCCUUAACCCCAGCACCACCUGAUCGGUUGAUGUUGCCUUUAUUCAAACCCAAAGGUUUUCCGAGAAACAUACCUGCAACCAUCACAGAUUGCUCCAACACCGUUUCGCCAACGGCUUCAACGACUUUUACAGUCCUGGGUAACAAACUGUUCCGGCGAUUCACUUUUCCCGAGUUAAAAAAAACUACCAAAGGCUUGCAAAGGAAUGAAUGCGCUGAUGCUUCGGGUGGCAGUCCUGAGUCAGUCAUGCGGGGUCUGCCGAGGUCUGAGACUUUUCCCAUGAGCAAGAACCACCCUCAGGUGGGAAGUAAACCAAGCAUCGACAGUAUCAGUGCUGUGAAGUGCGAAUUCGAGUUUCACCAUUAAAUCACUUCCUCGUGAAUAUUUUCUUAAUCUAAGGUAAAUGCACACAUUAAAAAACAACAACAACCGAUUUCCUAAGGAUGAGUAUCAAACCCAUGGCGGCUUACUGUGUUUUUAAGUUAAGGAAUCUGACGUGGUCAUUUACAGUAUUAAAUGUACUGUAUUUUACAAUGGGAAAUUAGUAUUUGUGUUCAAGAUAGACUGCAGUAUUAUUGUUUUAGUGUUAUACGUUGAUCUGUAUAUUUAAACCAUUUGAAUCAAAAAUGUCUUAUUUUUAACAUGAUGCCAUAUCUCUUCAUUUGGAAAACAAUACGGAUCAGUCGCUUAACUGCAAUGUACAGUAAGUGAAACGAUGCCUCUGUUGACAAGCAGUUCCUGUUGACACUGUGCUUGUAAUGUAGGUUCACUGUCGGUUUAAAUACAGUAUGACGUGUUUUAUA